UGUCAUACGAUGAAGGCAUUCCUUACACCCCUAGUUCACUGCGAAUACAAGUUUUAAACUUUAAACGUCUAUCCAGCCUUUGCACAAUGUCAUCCAACAGUGGUAUUCAAAUACCCAGCCGGCUGCCUCUGCUGUGCACUCAUGAUGGAGUGCUGUUACCCGGCUCGACCAUGAGAAUCAGCGUCGACACGGCGAGAAACAUGCAGUUAGUGAAGAGCAGACUGCUGAAGGGGACCUCGCUGAAGAGCACCAUCAUAGGGAUUGUUCCUAACACUAGAGACCCCGAGCACGACAGCGAUGAGCUCCCGUCCUUGCACAGUAUUGGCACAGCAGGACUGGCAGUACAGGUCGUAGGCAGCAACUGGCCAAAACCGCACUACACACUGCUCAUUACGGGCUUGUGUCGCUUUCGUGUGACCCAGCUGCUUAGAGAGAGACCUUUCCCCAUGGCAGAGGUGGAACAGCUAGACAAACUGGAGCAGUACACAGAGGGAGAUCCGGCUGUUGGAGAGCUGGGAGAGCUGGCACAGAGGUUCUAUCAGGCCGCUGUACAGCUGGUUGGGAUGUUGGACAUGUCUGUGCCUGUGGUGGCUAAACUCCGGCGUCUGUUGGACAGUCUGCCUAGAGAAACCCUACCAGAUGUCCUGGCCUCCAUGAUCCGCACUUCCAACAAAGAGAAACUGCAGGUGCUGGAUGCAGUAGACUUGGAGGAACGGUUUAAGAAGGCCCUUCCUCUGCUCACCAGACAAAUUGAGGGGCUCAAGUUACUGCAAAAGACACGCAAACUCAGACCUGAUGAUGACAAAAGGGUGCUGGCCAUCCGUAAAGGUGGUGUGUUCCCAGGUCGUCAGUUCUCGCUGGAUGACGAGGUGGAAGAUGAAGAUGGUGAUGACAAUGUUUUGCUGGAGAAGAAGGUGAAGGCGGCAGCUAUGCCAGAAGCUGCACUGCGCGUGUGUCUCAAGGAGCUCAGGCGAUUAAAAAAGAUGCCACAGUCCAUGCCGGAGUAUGCCCUCACCCGGAACUAUCUGGAGAUGAUGGUAGAGCUGCCCUGGAGCAAGAGCACUACAGAUUGCCUGGACAUCCGUGCAGCGCGGGUGCUCUUGGAUAAUGAUCACUAUGCCAUGGAGAAGCUGAAGAGGAGGGUGCUGGAGUAUCUGGCUGUGCGGCAGCUCAAGAGUACCCUUAAGGGGCCCAUACUGUGUUUUGUAGGACCCCCCGGUGUGGGAAAGACCAGCGUUGGGCGUUCCAUCGCUCGCACACUGGGUCGAGAGUUCCACCGCAUCGCCUUGGGGGGAGUCUGUGAUCAGUCUGACAUCCGUGGCCACAGACGCACGUACGUAGGUAGCAUGCCUGGCCGCAUUAUAAAUGGACUGAAGACUGUUGGGGUAAACAACCCUGUCUUUUUAUUGGAUGAGGUGGACAAACUUGGGAAGAGCCUACAGGGAGAUCCUGCUGCCGCCCUGCUGGAGGUUCUGGACCCGGAGCAGAACCACAGCUUCACCGACCAUUACCUCAACGUGCCAUUUGACCUCUCGCAGGUCCUCUUCAUUGCCACCGCAAACACCACGGCCACCAUCCCCCCUGCCUUGCUGGACAGAAUGGAGGUCCUCCAGGUGCCAGGGUACAUCCAGGAGGAGAAGGUAGAAAUCGCCCAUCGGCACCUGAUCCCUCAUCAGCUGGAGCAGCAUGGGCUGACCCCGCAACAGCUCCAGAUCCCACAGGACACCACACAUGAGAUCAUCAGCAAGUACACACGGGAGGCAGGCGUGCGCUCUUUGGAGAGGAAGAUCGGGGCCAUCUGUCGAGCGGUGGCUGUGAAGGUCGCUGAAGGUCAUAAGGUCUCUAGAGCAGAGUCCCCCACGGAGGAGCUUGCAGACCAGAAUGCAGAGAACAAGGUGGAGGAUUCUGGGAUAGCGGCACCUCCAGAAAUGCCAAUCGUUAUUGACCACAUUGCACUUAAGGAUAUUCUUGGACCGCCACUCUUUGAAAUGGAGGUCUCAGAGCGACUGACCCUACCAGGUGUGGCAGUCGGGCUAGCCUGGACUCCUAUGGGUGGAGAGAUCAUGUUUGUGGAGGCCAGUCGUAUGGAAGGAGAAGGUCAGCUGACCCUGACGGGACAGCUGGGGGAUGUCAUGAAGGAAUCUGCCCAUCUAGCUAUCAGCUGGCUCCGCAGCAAUGCCAAGACUUACUUCCUCUCCAAUGGCAGCGCUGAUCCCCUGGAGGGUACCGAUAUCCACUUGCACUUCCCGGCAGGGGCCGUCACUAAGGACGGACCCUCCGCUGGUGUUACCAUAGUACCGUGCCUGGCCUCACUGUUGAGUGGGCGUCUGGUGCGCUCCGAUGUGGCCAUGACUGGAGAGAUCACUCUGAGAGGACUGGUUCUGCCGGUUGGAGGUAUAAAGGAUAAAGUCUUGGCAGCUCACCGGGCCAAUCUGAAACGCGUUAUCAUCCCCAAGCGCAACGAGAAAGAUUUGGAGGAGAUCCCAGCCCAUGUGCGAGCUGAUCUGGAUUUUGUUUUCGCCAGCACUCUGGAUGAAGUCCUGAAUGCGGCCUUUGAUGGCGGCUUUCCCUCGGCUGUCAGUCAUCCACAAGUUGUUAGUAAACUCUGAGACUGUA